AUGGCGAUAAAGACCACAUCGUUUAUCAGAGGAAUUCAUGACUCUUCAAUUAGAGAACAAUUAAUCCAGACCAAGGACUUAACAUUUGACAUUGCCGUAGAAAAGGCAAUAGCAAUUGAAGCUUCAAAAAUAGACAGUGCAACUCUGAACAACUUUUCUAGUCCUCAAACAUCGUCACAGGCGGAAGUCAACAAAUUAGUGACAAGACCAACACACCAGAAUUAUACACCAAGAAGGACAGCCUACCUCAACAACAGAUCUAACAACAGACUAAAUCACCCUUCCACAAGACGAAAUAAGGUUGAUUUGGCAACACUUGGAAUUGGAAACCUGUGUUUAAGAUGUGGUAAAGCAAAUCACACGUCCAGGGAAUGUAAAACCAACAUAUCACGCCUUCACUGCCAAAGCUGUGACAAGGAUGGACACAUAGCCAAGGUCUGUAUAUCAACUCUACUCUCUAAGAAAUCCAGGCCUACAGUUAAUACAAUAAGUACUACUCCAAAUGAUUCACAGGACUUAAACUCACUUUAUGGAAUAGGGCAACUUCAAAUUCUCAAUGUAUCUGACUACAAUUCAUCAGACACAGAAAAAUUUUUCACAACUAUUCUUAUCAAUGGGAAACCACAAAAGUUCGAGGUAGAUUCAGGCGCAGCUCAUACCCUUCUACCAAAGGCUCAAUUUGAUAGACUUAAUCUUCCUCAAAACACAAUCCAGAAUACAAAUAUAAGGUUUCGUUCUUACACAAAUGAGGUUUUCCAACCCUUAGGCUUAGUUAAUGUUCAGGUUGAAUACAACGGACGCUCAUCUACACAGCAGUUGUUUGUAGUUCCUGACAUGUACAGCCCUCUACUAGGUAGGACUUGGAUAAGACAACUUGGAGUCCACUUGAACGAUCUUGACACCCAGAGACCAAAAGAUACCGGUACUUAUGUAAACUUAGUUUCCAGUGACACAGACAAACUAGUUACUGCAGUAGAAUCAAAAUUUCCAGAAAUAUUUUCACCAGAAAUAGGACAUAUUCCUAAUGUCACCUGCUCUCUAAAGUUAAGACCUCAAUCCAAACCAGUAUUUUUCAAACCUAGACCUUUACCGUAUGCACUCCGGGAUAGAGUGGGACAUGAUCUUGACAAACUCGAACAAGACAAAAUCAUUACUAAAAUCGAAUCAUGCGACUGGGGUUCACCCUUAGUUGUAGUGCCUAAGCCUGAUGGUACACUUAGGCUAUGCGCAGACUUUAAAGUCACAGUCAACCCUCAACUCUACGAUUCACACUAUCCGAUUCCUAGGAUCGACGAAACACUCCACAAACUGAGAAACGCCAAGUUUUUCUGUACUCUCGACCUCUUUAAAGCUUACCUACACAUAGGUGUCGAUGAAGAAAGUGCUUGUGUUCAAACAAUAUCAACCCAUAAAGGUACUUACAAAGUCAACAGAUUGUCUUUUGGAAUCAAGACUGCACCCAGCAUAUUUCAAAAAGUAAUGGAACAAGUUCUACAAGACCUUCCAGGUUUCAGCUCUUACUUUGACGACAUAAUUGUCUACGGUUCAACUUUGGAUGAAUGUUUCAACAACCGACAAUGCUUCAACAGAUGUUCCUCGCAAAUCAGCCAGAACGAGAAAGCAACGGAAAAGACUGGACUUAUGAAUCAAAUUUAUUGGGGAAGAAACUGUUGUAUCUCUAUGCUUCAAAUGCUAUGCAUUUAA